AACCGUCCCACAUUGUACCUUUAGAACACGGGUACACGAUGUCGUGUUACAUGUAAAAAAACAUCCACAGCGGCGUUCUCGUGUCAGUCAAAGAAUCGAUUCGCCAUUGAAACACAUAGGCAGCAGCAUAGAGAGAGAAAGAAGGGCUUCGAUCUAGAUAGAUAAACAGAUAUAUAUAUAUAGAGAGAGAUUUGAAAAUGGCGGAGAAACCCCAACCAGUCCGCGUAUUGUACUGCGGGGUGUGCGGUUUACCUGCAGAGUACUGUGAAUUCGGACCCGAUUUCGAGAAAUGCAAGCCCUGGUUGAUCCAAAAUGUACCCGACCUUUACCCUGAUCUUCUCAAAGAGGCAAAUUCAAAGGAAGCUGAUAAAGUCUCAGACCAACUCAAGUCCACUUCAAUCUCCGAGGGCAAAGCCCCUUCUGGGGCUUCAUCAACAUCGAAGCAAGAAGAAGUAAAACGUCUUCCCGGUGGGAAGAUAAAAAAGAAAGAGAAGAAGGAAGUUGUUAUUGAAAAGUUAGUACGAAACAAGAGAAAAUGUAUCACCACUGUGAAAGGCCUGGAACUCUUUGGUAUUAAGCUUAGUGAUGCUUCAAAGAAGCUUGGGAAGAAAUUUGCUACAGGAGCUUCUGUUGUUAAGGGGCCCACUGAGAAGGAGCAUAUUGAUGUUCAAGGAGACAUAUCAUAUGACGUCGUAGAGUUUAUUACAGACACCUGGCCUGAUGUUCAAGAAACAGCAAUUUUCUUUAUUGAGGAUGGAAAAAAGGUUGCAGCUGUAUGAAUGGUAGUGUUGAAACGUGGUACCUCCUGUCCCAUUGGCGUUAUUCUUCACCUUUUUUAAUAUACUAUUCCCAUGUUCAGUAUACUCUCUGGUGAAAGGGCCGUAGUAGUUGAAGUCCCAAGUGAUGAAUCCCAGAGAGACAUUUUGUUUUCCUUUUUCACGCUUUUUUAUACUUACUACCAAAUUUAGUAUGUGUUUUUGCAGUUGAAAGUUUGUUCCCAAAAUGAUGAAAUUUAUCUAUAAAGUGGCAAUGCAGAGUGGUGUUUGCUUUC